CAAUUUUGUAAACAAACACAAUUCAAGCAUAAUCUUCUAAAUUUUCACCGCAAAUUACCGCAUUUUCCGAUAUUCCAAACCUUUCAUGAGUUUCUCGCUGAAAUGAAAACUCCAGCCAACCAGCGACUCGACAACGACUGCCCCCGGAGGCGGCGGGCCGCAAGGAGGCGGCGUGGUUGCCUGUGACUAAGGACACGUCGACCCAAGUUUGACCUUGGACCUCGACCCCAUCAAAUUUGACCACCCGAAGCGAGGUUCGCACUUUUUCACCAAAAUUUGAAUCUGCAAGUGUAAAAUCUCAGGCGAGGGCGCGCACCCCUUGUGGCCACCCCUGGUCGUCAGGAGGUUUGAAUCGGGUCAAAUGCAGAAAGAAGGAGAGCAACAAAAGGUUGAGGCGAGUGAGGCCGAUUUGACGCCACCUUCGUCUCUUCCGCGUCGCCGCCUCCAAGAAGGACCCAAGUCAGGUGGAUCCAGGGUAGAGCUUCGGAGGCUUUUGUGUUGGCAUCGGUCAGGAUCACAGCAAAAGUAAGGGUCAAAGGUUCAAGGCUACCUGAGAAGUUGAUUGAAAUCGCCGAUCUGAAUUAAAAUUUUGUGAAGCGUUGGACGUUGAGUUGGCGCUGACGGACCUGCAGGUGGCCGACGACAUGCACGAGCGGCUCCGUGAAGGCCCCUGUCAGGUCAGGGACUGUGCCCUGAAUUGGUCAAACUCCUCCAGGAGAACCACCCCCUGGAUGCACACCAUCGUCCUCCCUCGCCCUGCGGCCCUCGGGGUGUGGUGGGGGGCGCGUGACCCGCGGUUCGGCCGCGCCUCCCUGGCUCGGCCGGGUUGCGGCGUCGCCAGGGUAAGCCGCCCUCACCUGCGCCACCCCCGCAGAGGGGCGCGCUGGAUCACGGCGUCCGACCCGUCGCCCCGCCUUGGAGGAAAAACCAGGGUCUUCGAGCGCGUCCCCCCAGCUACCCUUGGGCCUUCCCCCCUCAACAACCUCCACUUGUGACAGUCCUGGCAACACUCACCUUCAAAGAGGUCCGACCCACGGCGCGACACUGGAGCAAAAGCCUUGCACUGCACGACUGGACACCGGUGCGGCUCUCGCAGUGUUUCCGGCCGCAAAUCCUUCGUCUCCACUUCAAUUGUCCAUUUCCCUGCCGGUCAACUUUUGUCCGCUGAUUUGAGUAGUUCGCUGCGACAUCGAGACCGGCUCGUUGAAUUAAUUCCGCGCGCGACACGUUUCGCUGCAGACGAAAAAAUCUCCCUGGCACCUUUCGUUUAGCUCAGUAUUUGAAGCUCGAUCCCAGAUCAGGCGAGGUGUCGCAGACGCAGAACAAGGAGGAGGAGUUCGAAGACAUCCUCGAAGAACAGCGCAGAGAUCAUGGCGGAAAUUGAGAAUUGCGCCUUCUCUGCAAGGUCGUCCCAGUCCGACGGCAUCUCGUCAAGAGUCAACCUUGGAAGUGUCGAGCAAGCCAAAUCUCGACCCUCUUCGUUGGUGAGGAGUGGAAUCCCCGUUCUCAUCAAGGCCACAAACAAGCCUGAGGCCCUGGCCCAUCCAAAUGCUGUCUCGGCCGCAUCUGGUUAUGCUAAAAACCCAUCUAGCUGUAGGAAAGCCGUACUAGGCCCCACUAAAGGCUUGUUGGGCAAUGGCCAGGCCAAGGGUGGCCCGAGCAAAACCCAAACAGGCCCCAACACCGUCAAAGCCUCCUUAGGCACUGCAAAAGUUAAGUCGAGCUGCGACAAAGCCGGACUAGGCCCCAUCAAAGGCUCGUCGGGAGAUGGCCAGGCCAAGUGUGGCCAGAGCAAAACCCAAGCAGGCCCCAACCUUUCUGGUCCUGGAAAAGCAUGUUUUAGUGGUGUUGAAGAUGUUGACUUUCCAGAAGACUUCAGCGAAUUCCAUGACGCUGCUGAAGAGACUAUUUUUCUUGAUGUGGACAGUGACGCUGAUGAUAUUGCUAAGCCAAAUGAAACGCGACUGCCGGCUGCAGAUGUGCUCAAGAAAGUUACCGAAUACUGCUCUUCAAAAUUGUCGCCUAAGAUAGAUAAAAAGAAGGCAAAGAAAAGCACCAGGAAUGUAUAUUUAUCAGUCCCAAAUGGAGAUGACCGCAAGGCGUUCGACAACGACGUCAACUGUAAAGACGUUGUCGGCAACGAUGUGAAGAUAAUCAAACUUUGCUCGUUGAAUGCAUUUCUGCACCUCAUCCUUGAGUUGGCGCUCUUUGCUAAAAAAGGUGACAAAGCUGCGCUUGAAUUCCUUUACUCCUCAUCUUGUUUGGCAGAAACACUCACAAAAUCUUUUAUUGAAGAAGCUUUCAAAUGUAAUGGCAAAAUCACUGCAAAACUCGACACUCUUCGUGCAACAAUGGCUGUCAAGUGGUUGAACGCCCUAAACCCCGAGUGCCUUUCAGUCACCAACAAGUUGGUGCAAGGCGUGGCAGGAAACAUAGGCCCUUUGAUGUUUCUCAAUCAUUCUGGAACGACUAGCGCCCUGGAAUAUGGCAUAUGUGUAUUUUGUGGUGCGUCUGAUUCCUCGGACAGAAUUGCUUUCAUCUGGGCAGAUGAGCUUGACCACUACACUGCAACUGGCUAUUGGAUUAUGGACGUCGAGGGGAUUUGUCAAAAGUGCCAACGCCAAACUACGAAAGUGCGAGUGCUGAAUGAACAUGGCUUUUUUCUCGGAUGCAGAGCAAUGGGAGAAGCCGUCAAUGAGGGUCAACUCAACUGUAAGUUUCCUCUGGUCAUGCAGAUUGGACUUAUCACUUACGAGAGGAAAUCGCUGCUGGCCACGACUGCUAACUUUCAUGACCGUCACGCGUGGGUGGUUUCGCCCACCGUGAAUGAGGAUGCCUGGAGGUCUGUCGACAGCAUCGCUAAUUGGAACAAUAUUAUUUUACUGUGGUUGACACCUCUGUUAUGGUGGUUGCAUACGCCAAAGAAAUAUGUUAGUGUCUUAGGUGUUUGAUAUUGAAUGAAAAAUCACAUCAUUCUGACCCUGAACCCUGAAAUCAGAAACUGAGCAAUUGCUUUGCGCUCAGUAUGCGGUUUUGUAAUUGUGUCUGAAGUUUUGCUGAUUUUUUGCUUUUAUGAUUUAACCAUUUUUACUCAAUGACUAUUUGUAUUCUGUGCUAUUGGUAAUGUGCGUGAAUUUUUUACAAUGAAAGUCCGAAUGCCCGAAUGUGGCCCGAAUAUAAACAAAUAAUUAUAAUAAUUAAUAUCCAGAAAAAUAAAAGUUUUUUA